GGAAAUAUCAAAAGGUAUAUGCAUGAACUACAAAUCAAAUCCCACGCGCUCAUUCCCACGCGUUUCGAUUCCGAUCUUCAGAAACCCCAUCGUGCGCCGUAUGCACAUUGCGCACCUACACCCAUACCGACACCGCCGUUCGCUCCUCAACCUCCUCAUUAUAUCAACUCCAACAACCACACAACAACGCUCCUUCCCUCUCAUCUUUUCCCUCUCAUCGUUUUCAACUUCAACCCCGGCUAAGCCCCUCCUUCCUCCUCUCCGAGCCCUAGCAAUGGCCUCCGACGGCCUCUCUGCCGCCGUCACGGCCGCCGAAGACGAGAAGUUCGGUUUCAAGAGAUCGGAGAUGUUCAAGGAAAAACUUGCCGGUACCGUCAACGCCUACGACCGCCACGUCUUCCUCUGCUACAAGACCCCCGAGGCCUGGCCGUCGCGCGUCGAAGGCUCUGAGUCCGAUCCGCUCCCUAAGUUCUUCGCCUCCGCUCUCAAAGCUCGCAAGAACGACAUCGCCGUUAAGACGUUGCUGACAGUAAUUGAAGGACGCGAAGGAACUGAGUUUUCCGACGGCGAUGUGUUGAUUUUCCCACAAAUGAUCAAAUGCAGGGGCUUGAAAGAGUCGGAUGUGGACAGCUUUGUUGAUGAUGUCCUUGUGAAUGACAAACCAUGGGCUUCCGGAGUGCAAGAGGCGUUGACUGGCUCCCAUGUAUUUGUAUGUGCACAUGGUAGUCGAGAUAAAAGAUGCGGUGUUUGUGGACCUGUUCUCAUUGAUAAGUUCAAAGAGGAGGCUGAGCUGCGAGGAUUGACGAAUCAGGUAUUUGUUACUGCUUGCUCUCACAUUGGAGGCCACAAAUAUGCUGGAAACUUGAUUAUCUACAGCCCAGGUUCAGAUGGAAGCAUAACAGGCCAUUGGUAUGGCUAUGUCACUCCUGAUGAUGUGCCAGAAUUGCUUGAUCAGCAUAUUGGGAAGGGAGAGAUCAUCGAACGACUUUGGAGGGGCCAAAUGGGAGUAUCUUCUGAUGAAGCUGAAAAAAUGAAUGACAUGAAGCUUUCAAAUGGAGGAGAAAGUAAGAAAAUCCAGGAGAAGCCCCAAGAAAACGGCAAUCAGAUUCAGAAAAACGAGAACUUUUCGGGCUGUUGCCAAGGUGCUAAUAGUAAUGGAUUUACAUGCUGCAAAGAAGUAAGUUUGGAGCAGAAUGGUGGAAGUGAGAAAAAGAAGCUGAAAGAAACCAGAGAGUCGUGUGCCAGGAAGGAUGCCUUAGGGAAGCUGUCAAGCUUGAUUGGGAACUGGGAACAAAGCGAUGUUCUUGCAGCUGCUGCCAUGGUUGGAGCAGUGGCAACAGUGGCCGUGGCCUAUAGCUUUUAUAGAAGGUCAGGCUGAAACGUACUCUAUAUGAUAGGAGAAUAUGGUAGCUACAGUAUACGUUCGUUUUUGGAGGGUGGGAUGAUUUCCCGGGGCUAAGCUGUAUAUAGUUACAAAAGUAUUCACCAUUCCUUUCCGUAGUUGAUUGCUUACACAACUGAUUUGUAUACUUGAAUGGUUUUAUCUUGAUAGUGGGAUUUGUUCUGAGACUGCUUUGA